GUGACUUAGUCAGUGAUCGUUGUAAGACAGAUUUGGGGUUGUCAGUUGGCUAACAAAUGUACUCCAGAAUUAGAAUUUGCUAAAAAUUGAAAGUUCGGGGUAAAUUUUGUCCUCAACGCUCUCUGUGUCCUGGAAUAACGGAAUUGGAAUGCAAGCCAUAUGAGUUGGACUUGACAUUUCGUCUGCUGCAACAAGUUUGACUGGCCUAACGAAGCCGGCUGUUCUCAGAGAAGGAAUAAGUACCGCUAUACUACCUUCACUCAAAGUGAUUUAGGAUAACCUCUCAGAGAUCCACCUAGUGCAAGUGCCUGUCCAUAGUUCAUAAACUAUUUAAUUAAAGAGAUAUUAGAAACAACAUAUCACAAUGGCAACGGCUGCCCCGAAGGGCUCACAUAUUGGCAAAAAGUUGAUAGAGAAUCUGCAGAGUGAUUUUCGAACUUUAUCCGCAGAAGCAAAGAGGAAAUACAACCCAGUGAAAGAGGCAGCAGAAUCAGCCUUGUUGAAAAUCAGGACAGUUCCUGAAAGUAAUGAUCGGGAUAUCAUCUCAGGCCUGUUGUCGAUAAGCAGUGACUUGGUACAUCCUUUGGUGCUGGGAUGUGAGACAAAAAACCCACGGCUUGUACAUGUUUGUCUCGUAGCUGUUCAGCGAUUGAUCUCACAUGAGUCUGUGUCUGUUACUGCAGCCAACAGCAUUAUCAGUAUGCUAUGGCAACUAAUGGAGGCCAGUCUAGAAGAGCUGAGACUUUUACAGACUGCCAUUUUGCUGAUCACUACGAACUCUGUAGUUCAACAUGAAUCUUUGGCAAGGGCAUUAGUUUUGUGUUUUCGUCUUCAUUUUACUAAAGACAGCACAACCAUCAAUACAGCUGCUGCAACAAUCAAACAUUUGGUCAGUGUUGUUUUUGAGAGAGUCUUGGCAGAGGAUAAGGUGCCAUCACAAGAGCCAUUAGAAACAGUUUCUACUGAAGAACUCAAAGCAGGCAGUAAGUCACCACCCAAGUCUCUCAGACCUUGUGCAGGAGAUGCUUUUCUCUUAUUCCAGGACCUGUGCCAGUUGGUGAAUGCUGACCAGCCAUAUUGGCUUGUGGGCAUGACAGAGAUGACCAGGACCUUCGGCUUGGAGCUCUUGGAAUCUGUCCUCACGACAUUUUCUGAAACUUUUCUCAAACAUCCAGAGUUUAGUUUUCUGCUAAAGGAGCGUGUCUGUCCCCUGGUGAUCAAGCUCUUUUCACCAAGUAUAAAAUAUCGUCAGGGAUUGCCUGCUCCCCCAUCUCCUACCCCAAUAGAGAAGCCAUUUUUCCCUAUCGUUAUGCGCCUGUUAAGGAUCGUGUGUGUUCUGAUCAACAAUUAUUACAAAUUAUUGGUGACUGAGUGUGAAAUUUUCCUGUCCUUGCUUGUGAAAUUCAUGGAUCCAGAGAAGCCUCUGUGGCAGAGGUGUCUAGCUUUAGAAGUCAUUCAUAAACUGUGUGUUCAGCCGGAAUUGUUGAGGUCUUUCUGUCAAAGUUAUGAUAUGAAACCUCAUUCCACAAAGAUAUUUCGGGACAUGGUGAAUGUGUUAGGCUCUUUCAUACAGUCACAGUUCAUGAACUCUCCAGGUGGACCAACAGCUCAAGCUAACAAAUCCCCGGACGUUCAGGGCACGCCCCCUGCUUUGGUUGGUGGUUUACCUGUGGGGGGCGGGGUCACUCCACAACCCGCCUUCAUGUACAGAGGGGUCUGGAUACCCAUCACCAUGGCGAUUCCACAGGGCCAAACCAAAUCCAUCUACUUGGACAUGCUGGAGAAGAUUGACUCCCCUCUCAUCCCAGAUGGGUAUGGAGUUUCUCUGGCAUUUUACUGUCUUCUGGAUGUGGUUAAAAGUGUGCAGUUGCUCAUAGAAGGAGAAUCUGGUGAGGCACCUGCCAAAGAUGCUGAGCAGAAGCCUGCAAAACAGUCAGAGCCAUCUUCCGGCGUAGACAAAGCGUUCCAUGAGGAGCUAGUGAACUCAUCUUGGUGUGGAGUCUUGGCCGCCUUAUCUCUGCUACUUGAUGCCAGUACUGAUGAAAGUGCCACAGAAGCCAUUCUCAAGUCCCAGCAGAUCUUUGCCAGUCUCUGUGGCAGAUUGGCAUUGAACACGCCACGAGAUGCCUUUAUUACAGCUCUCUGUAAGGCCUCGCUGCCACCACACUAUGCCCUGACUGUUCUCAACACCCAAGGCGGAAUAGCAGCUCUCCAGAAGUCCUAUGGCAGAACAUCAAGCACAGACCUGCAGCAGUUGGCCACAGAGUCCAUGGAAAGGAGCCAGGUUGUGGCGGUGGGAACCCCUUUGCCCACUCUCUCAUUGCCCAUUGGAGCACAGCAAGGGCCUGUCAUGCUAACGGCCAAAAACAUCCAGUGCAUGCGGUCAAUCCUGAGUGUUGCUCAUUGUCAUGGAGGUAUCUUGGGAACAGCAUGGCACUUGGUGCUGACUACUCUUCAGCACCUUGUCUGGAUCUUGGGCCUGAAACCAUCCUCAGGGGGAAGCCUCAAGGCCGGCCAGCAAAUAAUUGAGGCCAGCAAUGCGGUCAUAACCACAGCCGUCAUGGCCGACCUUCCCGUGCUGUCAGCCAUGUUGUCUCGCCUUUUUGAAAGUUCACAGUAUCUUGAUGAUGUUGCCCUUCACCACUUAAUUGAUGCUUUGUGCAAGCUGUCGGUGGAGUCCAUGGAAUUGGCGUAUUCCAACCGGGAGCCAUCUCUCUUUGCGGUUGCUAAGCUGCUGGAAACGGGUCUCGUUAAUUUGGCCAGAGUCGAAGUCUUAUGGAGGCCCUUAACUUCUCAUCUUUUAGAGGUGUGUCAACACCCCCAUGCUGCCAUGAGGAACUGGGGGGCAGAGGCCGUUACUGCCCUCAUUAAAGCUGCUCUUGGAUAUCAGUUUGAAACGCCACUACAUGAAAAUCUGAGAUUACAGUCCAUGUUGUUGGCGCCAUUACAAGAGCUCUCCAGCAUUCCUCACCCUGAUAUCCGACAAAAACAGCUGGAAUGUGUUCUUCAAAUCCUCCAUAGCAAUGGUGAUAAAUUGCUCCAUGGAUGGCCGCUGAUAUUGGAGGUUAUAGGGGACGUCACUCUUGACCAGGGAGAAAGCCUCAUUCGUUUGGCAUUUCAGAGCCUCCAGUUGGUCGUACAGGAUUUCUUACCAAUUAUACCAUGUGUUUACUUGCAAGUCUGCGUUGAUGUGGCUUCAAAAUUUGGCUCGCAGACACAGGAAUUGAAUAUAAGCCUCACUGCCAUCGGACUCUUGUGGAAUAUUUCUGACUUUUUCUAUCAAAAUCAACAAAAAAUACAGAAGGAGUUGAAGGAGACUUCGCCUGAGAGUGAGAAAAUUUCCAUGGAUCCAUUUGAUGGACUGUGGAUGUGCUUAUUCAUGAAGAUCGGUGAUCUGUGUGUUGACUCGAGGCCAGCUGUCCGGAAAAGCGCCGGUCAGACGCUGUUUUCUACAAUAUCAGCUCAUGGCAUUCUGCUGCAAAAAGCAACCUGGAAAGAUGUUCUGUGGAAGGUGCUAUUCCCAUUGUUGGAGCGGGUAAAGGAGCUAUCCAGCCAGGCAUCAUCAUGUAAGGAUGAUGCCACGACAGGAAACAUUUUGAUCCACCAUUCACGAGACACUGCGGAGAAACAAUGGGCUGAAACCAGAGUUCUGACACUAGCAGGAGUUGCUCGAACAUUCAACUCCAAGAGGAAAAUUUUACAGCCAAUAGGCGAUUUUCCACGAGCAUGGUCCCUUCUCUUGGAGCACAUUGAAUCGUCAGCACUGUGUCCAAAUGCUGAAGUCUCUCUGGCGGCAUUGAAAAGUUUCCAAGAAAUUCUUCAUGUUAAGCAUGUCAUGUUAAGCAUGAUACCAAUGAAAGAACUGAAGCAGCCUAAUGGCACCUCAAAGCCCAUGUUACCUCCCUCUGAAGAGGUGAUUUCCCGCUCUGGAGAAACCACUGUGGGUACUGAGAUCUCAAAGGAUUUGGACAUGAACUCUGGCGAAGACUCCGAUAUCGACAUCUCCUUAUGGGCGACAGCAUGGAGAGUGUGGUUAAAUAUAGGGGCCAAUGUAACAAAGCCACCUGACCAGACAUCAGAGGACAAAGUGUAUGUGCCCCCACAGCCUUUUCUAACUGCCCUUAUCCAAACAUUCCCUCCCUUGUUUCAUCGAAUCCAGAGUCGGUUUGUAGCUGCAGAUCUGUCAAAAUUCAGUGGAGUUCUGAAGGGGGCCCUGUCUGUGCCUGUUCAUGGGGAGGUGUCUCCGUUCAUCAUCCCAACCUACCCGGAAAUCACUGUCACACCUCUCCAAGAGGCUACGCUCCAGGCCAUGGACACAGUUAUCAAGGCUGUCAAAACAGGGGGCGAUGUUAUGCAAAAGAUGUAUCCGGACUUAUUUGAGCAGUUACUCACCUUUGUUGAGUACUCGGUUAAACCACCUCGCUAUGGCAACAUGGAAACGAAGACGAUGGGCGUGGUCAAGGGUCCCUCGGUGGACUGGGUGACCAUGAACUUUGUGCCUUUUGCGGAGAUGUCACUGGAGUUGGUUGUAGACUUGUACAAGUCCACGGCUAAAAAUCCAACCGUUAUACAAGCUCAGGUCCUUCAAAGUAUCAUCAAGACAUUCCACCAUCCACUGUCUCUGAAAUAUGGCUGCUUCUCCAGAACCACUUGGAUGCUGGUAAUCAAUGCCCUGCUCACAGUCCUCAACAUUGGCUUACCUGUAGCCAGGAAGCAUGAAUCUGCCUUUGUUGGGAUGUGGAAGGAAUUGGCAAUUACAUUGGAUGAUUUUCUCUUCUCAAAACAUGCUUCACCACAAACGUUGUCCGUGGAAGAAUUUCAGAGAGAUGAAGCAAUCGAUUGCAAGGUUGUACAGCUGAUUCGGGAUGAUAUUCUCCCCCAUGCAAGCACCAUGCCAAAGGAAUUUGUGUUGAAGAUCAUGGACAUACUGAACAGAGGCUCGAUACAUUCAGCAACAUCAGAUACUUUCAUAGACACAGAAUCCAGUAGAAAACUGAGAGAAGAGUUUGCUAAGUCCUGCUUUGAAACGUUGCUUCAGUUCUCCUUCAUUAGCAACAAGGCUGGUUCAGAAGAGGGAGCUAUCACUCGUCUGGCGGUGCAGUCUUUGCUGAGUCGCUGUCAGGAAGUUGUGAGGAAAUAUGUGGAGGAUGAACGCCUCAGUGGCAAAUGCCCAUUACCAAGGCCGAGGCUAGUGGAGAUGACAUCAGUGCUGAAGGCCAUAACCACCUUACUUUCCUCUCUCAAGAAAGCUCCUCCAGGCAAUGUGGAGCCCAGCAUGUGGUCACAGGUAAUACAGCUGUACCCUGCUCUGGUAGACUGUACGACUUCCUCAUCUCCACAGGUGUGUCGCUCCCUGAAGGAGGCGCUUCAUGAAUACAAAGAUCUCUUACGACCCCCAGCCUCAGUUCUGAACGGAAGUUGUUAAUAAUUGCAAUAACAGCAACCUUUUAAAUGAUAUUUUCUAAUAAAUUUUAUAUUUGUACAUGGCCAUUAGGUAUUGAUACACUUACGAGAAGACAUAAAAUUGUAAUUUUAUCAUUGUGAACAAGUGAUCAGUGAUCAUUUAUGUAUGUGUGAAACCCUGUUAGUUUAUUAUUAUUAUUAUUUUCACUCUCUUGGAUAAUUUCUAUAUUAUAUGUGGUUGUAUUAUGUGGCAUUGUAUCAAACAUAAAUGCCCAAAUCUGGAACACAAAUUUGUAUCAUAGAUUCUUUAAAAAUGUUCACCUUAGUUUGUAAGCCUAUAAAUUAGGACAUGGUGCCUGUGUGGAAACUGACCCCAUUCAUGAUUUAACUUCGUUUUCUUCACUAUGUAAGAUUUUGUGAUCGUGCAAAAUAGUGUCAGCCACUCAAAUGGUUUCUGUUUCUUCUUAAAGUUGGAAUUAUGUCUGCACUUAUACAGUGGAUACAUUGCCACAUAUAGUACAUGUAUUGUGUUGCUGUACUUCAUGUGGUGGAAAAAUUAUGUUGACACUAUACAGUGUUAACCACUUAAUGAAGAGGAUGGUGUAUCCUGCCAGUGUGAAUUUUCAUGAUUUCUGAUGUGACUUCUUCCUAGAAUAGCUAUUACUGAAAUCAAAACCCCUAAGUCAGCUGUAUACGACAUCUUGUCAUAUUGUGUGUUAAGUUGUUGUUGUUGUUGUGCUCGAUGGAGAUUCAUUAAUUUGUCCUUGGUUAAUGUCCCAUUAAUUGUGUGUUUCCGCAAAACCAUGUGUGCUUCAUUUGCCUGCUGGAUGUAGAAUGGCCUUCAAGUAAGUGUACAUAAAUGUUUAUUAUGUUAGAAUUGUCCCUUGCAAAUGAAAAGUUCUUGGUGCAAUAACUGAGAACUUACAGGUGAAUUUGAUUGAUGCAUAUUUUCACUAUUCCUUAGUAUUUGUUCAAUUUACUAAUGUAGACCACAUCCCGUCAUGUUAUAGAGUUAUACGGCAAGUGUCUUAUUUCUCAGCACUAUCUCAAGUAGAGAAAAGGCCAGCCCAGUGAUAUACAAAUCACUGGCAACAGGGUAAUAAAAUGAAUAAUAAAAAUAAAACAUUUAAUGUUAAACAUUGUUACAUUGGUCAGUUCAGCCUCAAGAUAAUGUGUGUCAUGUCUUCUGCUUGAAAGUACCUAAAGUAAGAUUUUCUCAGAUUGGCGGUGACUUUGAAGGAAAGACACAAUUUUCAGACAGGAUGUGUACUUCUUUUAUGUUGCUAUCGAGACUCUGAAGGAGGAUAGAUAAAUAAUCUACUUAAUAAUUGAAUUAUUGUUCUAAAAAGAGCCUGAAAAGUUUUCUUUUAUUAGUUUCCCCAUAUGACCCUUGACAUCAGGUUUAAAUCGGUGAUGAGACCAUUUAUCUAUCUGUCUCCUACAAAGAUCACCUUUAGUACCCUCCAAGGAGUCUGAAAAAGCAGAAUGUUUGCUGCUGGCAGGACAUAAAAUUGUCCAUGGUAUGGAAUGCACUUGGUAUGUGGGUAAUUUCUUGUCCAGACUGACCAUUAACCUUGAAGUUCCUGGGCCAGUUCUGCCAGAUGGAGUAACUCCCAAGAUGGUAUUUUCCAUUUCACCUCACGUUACCAGACAUUUCCAACCAUUGUUGGAGUUACGACUGAUCGCUUUUUGGCAUAUAUGCAUGAAAAUGUAAUCUCUGUUGUGGCACUAGAAACACAUGCUAUACUUGAUAACGAUGUCAGUUUUGCUUCUGUUUGUGAUAACACUUAGAAAUAGAACGAUUAUGAUACAUGAUACAGAUUAAAUUAUUAUAAUUGUAAACAAUGUUAUUAUAUAUAAAUACAUAUAUAUUGUAGAGAUGCAGAGCAGUAAAUCACAUUGUUUUAUUCAUUGGCGAGAAAUGCUACCAUCAUCAUGGAGUUCAUGGCAUGGUUGAAAUAAGAUACUCGUGAAGGGCUUGUAAAGUAUACAGGAUGUAAUUGUGGGUUUGUUAUGGCACAUAGGAGCUGGAUAAUUAAUAGUCAGUCUCUAGUCUUGGUGAAAAAAACUUGUUCUUCAGAAAAAUAUUUGUCUUAUAUUUUAUGUUUAUAUGUUAUAGUGAACAAAGACUUGAUUGCUGUUUUACCAUUGUUGUUUAUAGAGAGUUUAUUGUAUCUCUAUGUGAUAUGUUAUGCCCUUAUCAGUUAUUGGGACUAAUUUUUGCUGGGUAAUAUGGAAUAUGCAGGUGUAAAUAUUAACUGAUACCUACAUGUAACACUUCUCUGAAUUAUCAAACUUGAGACAGAAUGUUUCCUAAUAAAACUUAAUGUGA